AGCGCAAGAAGUGAAGUAAAUAUUGAAGAAGAAUCACCAUUGACUCCAACAGGAAGUUCUUCACCUUUUCCACAAACUUUCGAAUUAUGUGUUGAUAUUAAGAGUAAAUUACGUGAAUUGAUUAAGAAUAAUACUACUGAUUUAGCAGUUGUUGGUAUUUCACUUUUAACAAGUGUUGUUGAACAUAGUAAAUCAUCAACAAUCAUGGAAAUGGCAAACGAACUUGAUCAUGCAACAGAAGAAAUACUUAAAUGUGCUAGACAUGAAUUGAAGGAUUUCCCACUCUUCUUCCAAUCUAGUAUUCCUCUCCGAUCUGCUUGUGAAUUAUAUAGACGUUUUGUUACAAGAAGAUUAACAGAGGAAAUUACAGAUUUCAAAGCUUGUAGAAAGAGAUUAACAGAAAGAGGAAACGAAAUUCAACUUGUCAGUGCUCAAGCUAAGGAACGUAUUACAGAAUUAUUUAGACCAUUCUUUAGUAGAGAUAAUAUGAAAGUGAUGAUUGUUGGUGGAUAUAGUGAAACUGUUAUUAGUGUGUUAACUGGUAUUGCUACAUAUAUGCAACAAAGUGCUUAUCGUUUUAAGAGUGUUCUCGUUCCAGAAGGUAGACCAGAUGGAAGUGGUUAUCGUCUUGCAAAGGCUCUUUCAAGUUGUAAUAUUCCAGUUACUAUUAUUACUGAUGCCAGUAUUGCUUAUCACAUGUCCAGUCAUGAUCUUGACUUUGUUUUGACUGGUGCUGAAGGUGUUGUUGAAAGUGGUGGUAUUAUUAAUAAGAUUGGUACAUAUCAAGCUGCAAUUUUGGCAAAGGAACACAAGAAACCAUUCUAUGUUGCUGCUGAAAGAUUUAGAUUUGCUAGACAAUAUCCAGUUAACCAAAAAGAUAUUCUUGAACUUGAAGAAAAGGGAUGGAUUUAUUAUAUUAAUAAGCCAGAAUUCAAGAUGAUUCCAGCUUUAGGAUUUGAGGAUGAAUCAGUAUUGGAAUCAGACUCUAUUCAAAUCAGUAAUCCAACAAGUGAUUUCACUCCACCAAAGUAUAUUACUAUGCUUUUCACAGAUUUUGGUAUCAUGACACCGAGUGGAGUUUCUGAUGAGUUGAUCAAGUUAUACUCAUAAUUUCAAUAAAAACAAAAAUAUUAAUCUUUU